UCUCACUCGUCUCAUUAACGCUGGACGAGACGCGCAGCUGAUAUCUGCUGGGUUUUUUUUUAAUUUCCCAUUCCGAUAACAUACGGUCAACAAAAUGGGGAAAGGAUGCAUCACUGCCACUAAGUACUUCCUAUUUCUCUUCAACUUAAUCUUCUUUAUCUUUGGAUCUAUGAUUAUGGGAUUUGGACUGUGGAUCCUCCUAGACAAUCAGAGCUUCAUUGUGGUGUUACAGGAUUCGUCCAUGGCCCUGAAGGUGGGCUCCUAUAUUCUGUUAGGCGUUGGCUCAUUCUCCAUGGUUCUGGGAUUUCUGGGCUGUCUGGGGGCCAUUUAUGAGAUCCGCUGUCUGCUUGUAUUGUACUUCACCUGUCUAUUGCUCAUCCUCCUUGCUCAAGUGGCCGCUGCUGUGCUCAUCUUCUUCCAGCGUGACGUAUUGAGGAAGGAGACAACCGAAAUUGUGACCAAAAUUGUGGCCAACUACCCUGGACAGAAUAAAACCACUGAGCAGGCCUGGGACUACAUCCAGAGAACAAUGCAAUGUUGUGGCUGGAAUGGGCGCAUGGACUGGGAUGCCAACUAUGUGAUGAAGAACAGCACAGGAGAGAAUUUGUACCCAUGUUCCUGCCACAAUACUUCCUUGCCACCAUUUAAUCUUGCAGACAACGGCUUCUGUGAGGCCACAUCUAAUGACUUGCCUAUCUAUCAGAUGGGCUGCCUGGAGAAUGUGGAGAGCUGGCUCUUUACAAAUUAUGGAGUUAUACUGGGCAUCUGCCUUGGUGUGGCAGUCAUUGAGCUCCUCGGUAUGAUACUGUCCAUGGGCCUUUGCAAGAGUGUACACCAAGAAGACUACACCAAAGUACCAAAGUACUGAAGAGCAAACAUGGACAUUAACAUAAUUUUAUUCAGUCCUUCCUUAUUGACUUGGAAAACAGAUCUCCCUCUUUUUCUACAGAAAAUUCAGUUUUUCCAAAAGACUCCAGCGGUGAUGAAGGUUUAUGUUUAGUCAGGAAAUAUGUUGCAAAAGUUCACUCUUUGUCAGUAACACUAGGUGAAUCCCCUGUGAUUUAAUCAGCUCUUUUAAGCACAGUUUGAAUGGCCCAUUGUAUGACCAUUGUCUGAAGUGUAGAACAAGCUGCCCACAUAAAUUAAUGAAAAGCUUAUGUCAAGUCCUGGUGCCCCUCAGUGGUCUAUUUAUACAACAACACUCUUAACACCCAGGCUGGUCUGUUUGCUUUGAAACAUGUAUUUCUUCAUUAUAGCAGCCCAAACCAUGAGCUAACAGCUGGAUAACUUUGGUUUUUGCUUUAUAGAAAACAGAAAAACCACAAAGGCCUGCUUUUGUUUAAUCAAGAGACUUUUUUUAAUAGAUAUUUUGCAUGAGUUAAUUUUGUUGUGUACAAAGACUGACAACAUUUCCACCCUGUCCUUGAAUUACUGGCAUGCCACGAAUAAGUAAGUUGUCCAUUUAUGUUUGUGCAUCAGUGUUGUUUCAGGUUGUGCUUUUGCUUUUUUGUUUUAGUGUGUAUAUAUUUUUAGCUUUCAUUGUCAUGUUGGUUUUAGGUCAGUAACAUUCUUCAAUUCUACAUUUUCCCCUUUUUGUACAGAAGAUCGUUUUUAUGUUUUUUUGCUACAUGCUUAUGUUUUUGAGCAUAUUGUAAGGAAGUACAAUAUAAAGCUGUUCCUUGAUGAUGUGAACCAAAUAAUGAUUAGCAUAGCCCCCAAAGGUGACUGCAGUCUUUUUUCUUUUUUCUUUUUUACAACUUUAUUGCAUUGAUCCUAAUUUAACUGUUUUCAGUGACACCACUGUUUCAUUAACUGUAUACUUGUUAUGUGGAAAAAAUGCUAACAGUUUUUUUUUUUUUUUUUUUUUCUCUGUAAUAGGUCUUUUCAUAGGAAAAACAUUGAGAUCAUAAUAAAAGCUCCACUUGUAUUUUACUGUAAAAAAAAAAAUAAAAAAAAUAAAAACAUUUUAAAUACAGUCCCCUACAAAGCAAAAAAAAAAAAUAAAUUAGAUACAGUCCGCUACAAAGCAAAAAAAAAAAAAAAAAAAAAAAAAGUAUUG